GAACAACACAGGUUGCGUGGAACAUUGUUUUGUUUACAUUUAAAUACACAGUACUUACUGUAAGGAAAGUUUACUGCCUAUUGUAAGCAACAAUGAUGUGCUGCUUCCAAAUAGAGACGAACCCGUAAGCAAUACUGGUCGGACAUUGAAAAAUCGCCACCCGAAUUCCCGGGCCUUGAUAACAAUGUUGCAAACAAUUCAAAAUCUGCAAAACAGCCCAACGGACGAAAGAAGACCAACUUCCGUUUCCCUCCGUUAGCUUCCGAAUUCCAGGAUCCACGGGAUUCAAAUGUUCGAGUAUCAGACCAUUAUAAUGCCUGUGGUGGGGAAGUGGCAAGUGGGAAAAGUGCCGCCGUGGAGUAAUAUAUACAGACCACAUUAGUUCAGAGAUCUAUCUGAUACACGUGAACCCGAAAAGUAUUGACAAUCCUAUUAUACCUAACCAUUAGUUUGAUUUAAGCGUUAUAUUACGAUAACUUUUUAUCAGCGAUAAUCUCUUGGAAAACCAAGGCUUUCCUCAUGGUCACAAAAUGGGGAAUUUCAUUGAUUCAGAGCAAGACGAUUCAAAGGGAUUCCAGGAUGAUAAUUCGGAAAACUCCGUUACUACUGGACCAGAUUUUCUCUCGGUAUUCUCUGGGAAACCAGAGAAAGAUAUGUUAAAAGUAGAUAGCUCGUUGGACGAAUUUAGUUCCGCGUCCGCUGAUAACGUGAAUAAACAGGCAACCUCGAUAAAUACGCACGAACAUUCAGAUACUGAUCAGAAUAACAAGAAUUCGCAUCGUGAAGUUACAAAAACAAUUGAGAAGAGUAAAGAAACUCAAGCCAAAAUAACAAAUCCGACAGCGGCAUAUUUAAAUGCUUCAGGUGGUAAAAGUGAACAUAACUUUGGUGGUUCACAGUCUGUUAAAGGAACAGAACUUUCCAGAGAUACUGGUACUGGAGCUCGCCCGAAAACCCACGUCGCGCAAGUGCCAGUGGCAGGACGUGCAGCUUAUAGUUUUCAGAUGGCCGGCGAGAACAUAUCCCAGCUUAUACAGCGGGCCCAUGAGGCGGCUGGAAGGGACGAUGUCAAGGGUGCGAAGCAACUGGUCCUUCAGGCGCUUGUAGGGAUCAAAGAGGAGCAGGACAGACUCUGGACGGGGCUGGGCCCAGUUGUGAGCGAGCAGCGGUUGGCUGAUUGGUUUGGGGAGUGCUCCUUUAUUUUUAAUCAGAUUGGAGAAUACGUGCAGUCUGCCCGGUAUUUCUAUACAGCGACGGUGUAUGAUCCUACGUGGAACACAGCUAGUCACGCGCAUGUAUCCAGCACACUGUGGGAAAACAUUGUCUACAAUGUGUCGCCUGCUGAGGUCCACAUGCGAUACGAGAGCAUCAAGCGUUUCCUAUAUGAGCUGGACCGCAUUGCGAAGCUCGCGGAGCGCCGAAAACGAUGGCAAGUGUCAGUUAUGAUCGACGGCGACAUCAACCGUAUUCACGUGGAUUUGAGACGUUUUUUGAUGCUCGGGCCAGAGAACAUCCGUGAACAUCCAGGCCGCAAGGAGGCGCUAUGGAGAACAGCUCGUUGCUUUCUUCAGUUGGGCAACCACAUGCAAGUCAAGAAAGUCUGCAGCAUAAUCCUUCAGGAGUUUUGCGAAUAUAACGACGUCGAGGCUUUAGAAAUAUGGUCCCGGGCCUUGGUCAUUUCCAAAGACUUUGACCUUGCUCUGCAAAAAUGUGAACUUGCGCUCAGAUACGCCAAGGACACCGAAGAUAUUACACGUCUCAACAAAUUGAAAGGAGAGAUCGAACCUCAGAUACCAGCCAAAGUACAGGGUGAGAACCAGAACCCUGACGGCGAUUGGCUACGUGGUACAAAUGUUUUGGCGAACGGACUUGCCGAGAAAAGUGAUGAUAGUCAUCGACCAGCAACACCUCGUUCCGGUCAUGGGAGGAACAAGAAACGGCGAAGACCAAAAGCCAGAAGCCCUGCCCUUGCUAGCCAAGCAGAUGUUGAUGAAGCAAGAAAAGCACAAAUUGAGGCUGAAUUGGUAAAAUCUCGGAGACAAAGAAGCUCCUCUGAAUGUCGCCCAAGUCAGAAUCUGUCAAAUGGAGACCUACACGGCCCUUCAUCCCGAAAUACGAGAAGUCCAGUCCGCAACCGCUCUGUUGAUCGUCUGAUUUACACCAGAACAACUCAAAACGGACAUUUAGGAAAUGACAACGGCAUAAACCCUGCCGUUAGGAGACUGCAAUUAGAUGGGCACGGCGCUCGUCAAAGACACGAAAGCCAGAAUAGCGCAAUAAGCGACAUUUCGUAUGAAGUUGCCAGCGUGUUUGACUCUGACUCUGAAUAUUCUUCCGAUUUUAAUGACUCCGCAUCCAGCAACAGCAGUAGCUACAAAACAACGAAUAUAGAAGACGUAUUGGAAGAAAUUGAAGUGCCUGAAGAAGGAGAACAAACAUCCUUUUAUGAACAAAGCUGCAGGCAUUACGACGACGCAACACAAGAUGAAAGCGAUUUUGCCGAGACCGAUGAUAAAAUGUUGAAAAAUGGCGUGAAGUUGAACAUGUCAUUUAUGCACCAGUUUAUUGACAGACAUCCUGAUAUUGUCAACAGGGACAAUUUUUAUGAAAGGGCUUUAUCACCAGAUCAAAUGCGCGAAAAAAUGCUGCAAAAUCCAAAGAAGUAUUUGAGGUGCACGAUACAAGUACAGGGGUCACAUGAAGCGUUUUGUACACCAAUUGAUUCAACACAUGGAAUUUCCGUUAUAGAGAUUUCAGGGAGAUCGAAGAUUGGUCAGGUCUUUAAUGAGGAUGAAGUUUUGGUAGAAUUGCUAGAUGAAAAAGAAAAACAGGACAAACGCUAUGGCAAAGUGUUAGGUGUUCUUAACAGACAGCGUCACAAAGGCAAAGACCAUCCUGUCUUGAUCUGCACGUUAGACAAUAUGGAAAGCCAUCUUGUCCAGCCGAUGUGCAAGACAAUCCCGAAGAUCCAUAUCAUCAACAGGAAUAUAAUAAGCAGGUAUGGUAAAGAUUCUAAGAUGAAAAAGUUCAAAGUAGAAGUUUAUGACUACGACGAGCAUGCAGAAGAGCUGUGCAACCCGAAAAUAUAUGAUGUGAAUACAUCGGGACAGAAAACAUACGUGUUUUUGGUUGCAAUGAUAUCCUGGAAUCCGAGGCACGUUUAUCCAUUGGGUGCGGUUGUGAGGAUCAUGAAUUGGGGAAGCAGCAUUCCGAAGGGAUUAGCUGUCUUAAAUCUUCAGCACGAUGUUCCAUCUCUGUAUAAGAAGGAGACAGUAAAACGAAUGGAGUGCAUCUCUAUGGCAAUGGGCCGACGCGGGGGUGAUGAACUAGAUAGUCACAUGCUGCAGGGCCGCACCGAUCUGACAAACCUGAAUACGUUCACUAUAGAUCCGCCUGAGUCAAUGGACCUUGACGAUGCAUUGAGCGUAGAACGUAUUGACGAAAGAUAUCGCGUUGGCGUCCAUAUUGCAGAUGUUUCUGCAUUUGUGCAGCCAGGAGAUCCGAUCGAUGUGGAAGCUUUUGAAAGAUCCACUACUUUUUAUCCAGGUAUCCGAAAGCCACGACACAUGAUACCAGAGCCUUUGAGCUCAAACAUUUGCAGUCUGCAUGCAAACAAGAAGCGUUUAACGUUGACUAUAUUUUUCCUUCUCGACAAUCAGGGAAGACCCAUACAAAUGGAAGGAAAUAAUUAUAAUAUAGUCGAGUCUUUCAUUAAAUCAAAGGGAAAACUUACAUAUAGCCAGGCGCAAAACUUUAUUGUGAACAAAAGCGAACAAAGCCAGUUGGCACAGGAUGUUAGAACACUCUUUACACUUGCAGAGAAAAUUCGACAUAGGCGACUCGGGAAGGCAAUGUUUGCUUUGACCAAUGAUUGGGAAGAAAAUUUAGAAGAAGAAUCACAAGCCCUUACUUUGGAAGCCCAUUAUCUGGUGGAAGAAUUUAUGAUUAUGGCAAACAGGAAGGUUGCAGAAAUACUGUGUAGACGUUUCGAUCGAUGCGUGCCCAUUCGUAGACAACCACCACCUUCAGAGGAAGGACUUCAAGAAUUUGUCAAACAAAACGGGGUCUACAUAGAUGUCAUGUCUACAUUUCAAGACAGGAAUAUUAUCGAUCGUACCAGAGGAACAGACAAUGUGCUUGCAGACAAGAGCGGUGCUGACAAGUCCGUACAAGUGUCACAGCAGCUUUGGAUGAAAAUGAAAAAGGAUCCAAAGUUUGCAGCCCGAUGCCUGCAAAAAGAUACCGUGUUUGCUCUACAGAACGUCAUUUAUCAGAAGUGGUUGAACAUUCAGGAGCGAGCUGGGUAUCAUUGUGCAGCAAGCGUCACUCCGGAGGAUGGAAAACACUAUUCCCUCAAUAUGUACCCUUACACUCAUUUCACAUCUCCGAUCCGACGAUACAAUGAUCUUGUUAUACACAGGCUUUUAAGAGCCUAUGUACGGAAAUCGCCGAAUCCUUACACUAAGGAUCAAAUUGACAAACUCUGCACCCACAUCAAUUCAGUAACCAGGCGUUCCAAACAAUACCAGCGAGGAUGUAAAGCACUGGAAGAAGCCGUGAAUUUACAAGAAAAUCCAGAAAUGAUGAGCUGUUUCAUAGAUGGCAUUACAGAUCAGGGAUUCACGUUGUGUUCUCCUUUUUUGAAAAAUGCCAAGACAGCAAAUAGAGCACUGAACUACAAUCUUCUAGACAUGGGUUUCAGACCAGAGGUCAAAGAGGAUACCAAAACAACUUGGGACCUUGUGAAAGCUACAUGGAGGAAACGCCUGUACGAUUUCAAAGGAGAGCCAUUACAAUAUCCCCCAGACCGUGGAUAUACUCUAGAACUGAACCCGCAAAAGAACGUUGUUUUUGUCCCAUUGCAUAACUGGGCCAAAAUGUUGAAAUCAGCUUCAGAAGGCAUGCUAGAAGACCUUGCAAGAAACAUUUCUGCAGCUUCUUCAAAGGCAAACAUCCACUCUACGGGUUUGGAUGAUGUGAGCACUGAAUGCAGAGACUUGGAGUUACUUCAGCCAAGUACCAAAUUUACCAUGACAUUCUCUCGUGGCGAAACUGUCCACGUGCAAAUGACUGCAGGUCCGCAGAAAGGUCUCCUCGUCAUGAAACCGAUGUUGUACAAGAUGACAAACAGCAUCAACUUCUGCUUGCUUCACGCAGAGGAUCCAGUCUUACAUCUGUUUCAUUAUGUGAAUACAUGCACUUUGAAUCAGUACAAGAGUGUAAAGCAGUAUUUGCAACGUUGGAUACCGCUGAUUCUAAUGGAAGCUGCGGAAGGCAUCGUGCGCAACGAAGAAUCGUGUGUAAUAAACAAUGUCCCGAUAAAAUUCACAGAUCGAAGGGGCAAAUUCGUCUUGAGUUUGUCUCAUUCCGAAACAAGAAACAUAGAGCUCUCUGGCACUGAGUCUGAUGACGAGGACGACUGUCAGAGCGAAGGAAGUGCUCAAUCUUACGACUGGCUUUGCCUAAAGGCACCUAUUCCGGGAACAGAGAAACGAUCAGGUGAAAUGAGAUCUGUCAUUGACACUCUUCCGAACUACUGGGUUGGACAUGCAGAAGUAAAAAGUGUUAAGAAGAAGAAAGACACAGAGCCGUCUGGAAAACUGACGGUCCACUUUGACCUGCACGACAAGACCCAGUCAGUACCACUGCAAAUGAAAGACGAUCCGAAAACAACAAAGUACAGCGUGGAAAUACUUAGGAAGUCUGAAGUUGACAGGCGGACUGAAAGCUUCAUAAAGCAACUUCCAUCUGAGAAGUCACCUCAGAAGUCACUUGCCACGUGUAUCGCUCUGAACCAGCAAAUCCCGCAAUUAGAUCGGGACCAUGCACACAUAGUGAAUUUGAUUGAGAGGGAUCUGUAUUUUGCUGCAAGUGAUAACCCACAAGACAAAACUCUUCCUCGUAACAACAAAAGGCAGCAAGAAGCCAUUGACAAUGCCCUGACAUCAAAAUUCACUCUGAUUCAAGGACCACCAGGCACUGGCAAGACGUACACAGGCAUCAAGCUGAUGUAUUUAUUCGACAAAAUCAACAACAUUUCGCACAAAGAGGGGAAGCCAAAAAAGCAAGUUCUGUUCUGCGGACCUUCGAACAAAUCAGUUGACCUUGUCGCAAAAUGGAUGUUGAAAAAGAUGCGCAACUACAAGCCCGAUUUCGUCCGUGUAUACGGUAGGUCGAUUGAGGCCAUUGACUUUCCGAUCCCUGGACGCACCUUCCUGUCAAAGAAAAGCACAAGAACCUUACACGCUGACCCGGAUCUGAAAUCAGUAGCUCUCCACAACCUCAUAAGAGAAAAGGGAAAGCCAUACGCAGAAGAAAUCAAAGCAUUGGAUAAGUAUUUUGCAAGUACGAACUACGCGCCAGACCCUGUGAAGGUGCCAAAGUAUGUCCAUCUGAUACGUGAGGCAUCCAUCGCCGAAAUUCGAAGUCAUGAUGUCAUACUUUGUACCACGGCUGUUGGGUCAAACCCAAAGGUGCUUGAGGCCACACAAGUUCAUCAGGUAAUUGUUGACGAAGCUGGCAUGUGUCCUGAACCACAGUGCCUUGUGCCGGUUAUCGCCACGAAGGCUGAGCAAGUUGUUCUAAUCGGUGACCACAAGCAGUUGAGACCGAUCAUUAUGUGCCGAGAGGCGGGAGAAUUAGGGCUAGCAACUUCACUCUUCGAGAGAUAUGCAACCACUAGCAACGCCAAAAACGUGCAAUUCACAAUGCUGAAUGAACAGUACCGAAUGCAUCCACAAAUUUGCGAGUUUCCGUCGGAUAAGUUUUAUGACAAGAAGCUGAAAACUCGACCCGGUUUAUGGCGCGACAAUCCGCUAAGGAUCUGGCCAGCGGAUCAGUAUGAUACAUAUCCCCACGUUCUGAUCCACGUUGAGGGAGAAGAAAAAAAGCUGACAGUUUCAACUGAGGAUGGAAAUGAACAAUCAAAGAGCAAUGAACAAGAGAUAGAGGAAGUGCUCCGACUGUACCGCUACCUUGGAGACCAAUCUGGCUACGAACAAGUGUGCAUCCUGUCCCAAUACAACGCCCAGUGCUCGGAGAUACGGCGUCGUUUAAUCGAGGAGAAAUUUCAGGAAGAUGCCAUGAACGUUAACACUGUGGUCUCGAGUCAAGGUGGUGAGUGGGACUAUGUAAUCUUCAGCACCGUUCGCUCCCUUCCGGAUUACAAGAUCGAGAAGAGCCCUACACUUGGUUGGUGCAAGCACAAUCUCGGCUUCAUCACUGACCGGAACCAGGUCAAUGUAGCCCUGACCAGAGCGAGAAAAGGGCUUAUUAUAGUCGGAAACAAGAACCUGUUGGCUUGCGAUGCCGUGUGGAAAAAACUUGUUGAGCAUUACGAGAGACGGGGCUGUAUUAAAAGCCCAGGUGAGUUCCCGCCAAAAGGCGCCAAGAAGACCAGACAGGAAAUUAUGCGGGAGAGACAGGCAAUCGUCAGGCGAAUGUAUGGAGAUGAAUUGUUCAUAUCCGGCAAAGGCAAAACCACCGAUUAUGAAGGUUCAUUCGAUGUAUCCGAUGACAAGAGAACAAAUCGCGCAACUGGGUCGUCAUGGCAACAAGGUGGCCGAAGAGGGAGAGGAGGACGAGGGGGGAAACGAUUAUAGAGGGAUGGGGCUUACAAACGUUUGCUGCUGCGUUAAACGAUUGUCGUUUGAGAAUGGGCUGUUUUUGAUUGUCUUAUUUUAUUUUUGUCAAUUUUGUACAAAUUAUAUUAAUACCAUUUAUUUGCUUGAUGUUUUUUCACCACUAACAUGUGAAACAGCCGAUAUGUAUUUGAUGUUGUAUAUUGAUGAAAUGUAUUUGUUGUCAUGUUGUUCAUUUAUAAUUAGUAUGUAAUCUGUAUCAAAUCGCUAAAUUUUUCCGUAUAAUAAGUACGUUGGAUCCAAAGUGAUGUUAUCAAUUUCAACUUGUUUUUUCUGAAUUAUGUAAUUCUGUUGUUAUUAUUGAUGUCUGAUUUUGUAAAAAUGUUUAUACCAAAAUGAUGAUUUUUUCAUAACUAAACCACUGCUUAAAUGUUCAUUUAAUAAAAAAGUGUUGAUCUUUUUGUAAUCGUCAGUAUUUAAACUCUAUGCGCGCACUAUAUUUUUUUAUUUAUUUAUUUUUAUUUUAUUUCAACACAUGCCUUUCUCUUGCUCUCUUUUGUUUGUGAUUUUACAUGCUAGUUUACAGUUUUAUUUGCAAAGAUGAUUCUUUUGUGUUACUGUCUACAAAAUAUUUAUCAGGUAUCAAUUUUAUCUUUGUGAAUCAGAAAAUACCAUAUACUGAUGACAAGAUACAUAAGGAAAUUUAGUAGUUUUUUUUUUAUUUAUGUAGAUUUUAAUCCCAUGUCAUAUAUAAGCCCAUCAAUAUUUACUUCAAAAUGUAUCGGUACAUGUACUUUCAUAUUCAUCGGCGUUUUGUAUUUAUGAUCUCAUGCUUUUCAUUGAUGUGCAUUGUAUGUUAAGCUGCAAAUUUCUUUAUUUUAAUGUAGUUUGUGUACGACAAGUAACAUAAAUUGUUUUCUUUCAUGGCUGUUAGUAAUUGCAGCAUAUUAUUGAAAGUCAAAAAAAUAUUUGUAUUCUUCGUUGCGACAACUUUUUAUGUUAUAUUUCAAAUCGCUACUAAUCCAUUGUUUGUCUGUUCCUGAGCACCAUUAGAGAGAUAGUUUGAGCUUCCUUCAUGUAACGUGUAUAAAUUGCCAAUGAUUUUUGCCUUAAUUGUUAAGGUGUAAAAAUGGGCUCUACUUUGUUGAGUUUAGUGCGCUGUGGUUAUUGUGCCAUUUUUAAUCAUUCACUUUCAUUUUUUUCUGUUUGUUGGUUUUUUAGAUUGAUGGUAAGAUCCAUUGAAAUUAUUAACAUGGCUGUUUCUCAGUAUAUCAGUUCGAUGUUCCUUGUUCCUAGUUUAACCUUAUUUGUCUUUCAUUGUUAACAUUCUGUGAUACAAUUUUUGUUUUGUGUUUGCUUUGUUCUGAUCUUGAUUUUUACGCAGUGAAACUGCAAUCUCGUGUCUUAAAUAUUCUGUCCAAAUCAUUUUUGUCAUUAAAUGUAUUACAAACCAG